AUGUCGCGGGCCGAGCGCCAGGCCGCCCGCUGGGCGCGGCAGGCGCGCAGCCGCGCGAACCCGCCGGCCGAUGCGCUGCAAAAUAAUAUUGGGCAGCCCCCGCCACCACCACCUAAACCGGCCUCGCCGCGCAACAUCGUCCUCGAGAUCAAAGACGAGCGGCGCACGGCCGACACGUCGGCAGCGCAAGCGGCGCUCGCGGCGCACCUGCGCGGCGCGGCCUGCGACCUCUGGCAGCUUCUCGCGGACGCGGACCGGGCCGACGCGCUGCGCGAUUUGGCCACGGGCGUGCGACGGUCCUACGCCGAGACACGAUCUAGAUGCGCGCGUAUUGGCGGCUGGCUCCGGCUUCACUUAAAAGCCGGCGACCGCGUCGGUCUCGUCGCGCCCAAUUCGCUACUCGCGUUCGAGGCCCACUACGCCUGCGCCUUCGGCGGCCUCACGCUGCUGAACUGCAAUCCAAGAUUGGCCCCUUCGGAACUGAAAUGGUGUUUAGAACACGCCGGCUGCAAGGUGUUAAUUGUGGAUGGGAUGUAUCGCGAUCUCGUGGCGGCAGCGCGGAGUGAUCAAAUAACGCUGGACGCUUCGACGUAUGAAGACGUAGCGUCGAAAGGACCCGUCCCCGAGCGACCGGACGACGCUUUAAGCGUAGCCAGCGCCGAGAUGUACUACACGUCUGGAACGUCAGGACGACCGAAAGGAGUCGUACUCACGAGAAGAAACGUGCUCCUCCACGCUCUGCAAUGUAUCGUGGAGCACCGCAUCUCAUCAAAAGACGUCUGGCUCCACGUGGCGCCGAUGUUCCAUCUAGUGGAUGCUUAUGCUAUUUUCGCGCUCACAUUUGUACAAGGAAGGCAUCUCAUAUUACCGAGCUUCGAUGCGACGAAGACAUUGGACGCCCUCUGUCACCAUGGCGUCACGGUGACGAACAUGGCGUCGACGAUGGUGUCGCUACUGUUGAAAGAUCCGCGCUGCGCCCGACCACUCACAACGUCCCUGGAACUCCUGUCCUGCGGCGGCGCUCCUCUAUCAACGGAAACGGUGCGGCAAGCCCAACGCAUUUUUGGGUGCGAGUUCUUCCUGUCCUACGGCAUGACCGAAUGUUGCGGGAAGAUUUCAACAUCGAUAAUAAACGAGGGCGACCCCGUCGAGCUCAUCACUACCUCAGGCAAGGCCUUUGGGUUGAUUGAUUUAAGGGUGGUGCGGAACUGGGACUCUACUGAACAACCGGUGGACGUCACUGCAUCAGAAGUUGGGGAGGUCUGGAUCCGGGGUCCUACGGUGUUCCAAGGGUACGAUAAUAAUGACGAAGCCACCUCAAAAGCCUUUUACAACAAAGAGUGGUUCCGGACCGGCGACUUAGCUACUAUCAAUAGUUACGGUUACAUCACGAUCGUGGACCGAGCGAAAGAUAUGAUACUGGUCGGUUCCGAGAACGUCUAUUGCUGUGAGGUGGAACGGGUGCUGCACGACCAUCCUCACGUGAAGACGGCGUGCGUCUAUGGGUUGCCCUGCGAGUCCAUGGGCGAGCGCGUGGUCGCCAAGGUUGUCGGUUCUUGUACAGCGGAGGCGCUGCGUCGUCACUGCUCGAAAUUCCUGGCGGACUACAAAGUGCCUUCACAUAUAGAUCUAGUGGAAUCGCUCCCUCUCACGGGCUCGGGCAAGGUCGCAAAGGCCUUACUUCGGAAGCGGGACUUGUCAAAGCCCGUCGAGCACGUCUAUGAUGUAUCGUGGGUCGCUGCUGCAGCGCAAUCGUUGAAUAGGCCGAACCACGUCGUCGUUAUUGGUGAGGCGAGCUUCGGCGACACGCGUUUAGAGGCCAUGACCGGGACUUUAACCGAGGAGCGAACACGCAUCGCCGAAGCGUUAAGACCAGAGAGCGCGCUCGUGGUCGUCGUCGACGGCGAAGCCGAAUAUUGUAUAAAGCAAGUGCUCGCGGCGCUCCAAGCGACCAGCGGCCACUCCGUACUUAUCGUGACGCGCGGUCUCUUCAUCAAUGAUGACGACGUCGUAAGGCCAGCUGCGGGCGCGGUGUGGGGGCUCUGUCGCGCAGCAAGAGCCGAAGGCGUCGACGUGCGCGUCGUCGACGUUGAUGACGAAGACAGUAUCCCGAAGGAGCUCUCAUGUAAUACGCCGGAGGCCGCGUGGCGAAGAGGAAGUCGCCUCGUGCCCAGUUUACAAAAAGUAGAGGUCGACGCCAGCGACGACGUUGGUGGAGGCGUCCACGUGAUUGUGGGAGGCGCCGGCGGCCUCGGCGCGGCCUGGGCGGCGCGCCUCACGGGCACGGUCCUCGUCGCCGGCCGGCGGGCGACGAAGCCCGAGACGUUAAAAUGCGAUCACUACGUGCAAUGCGACAUCACCGACGAACAAGACGUUCUUUCAUUAAUAAAGAGGGCCAAGGCCUACCAGAAACCAAUAAGCGUGUGGCACCUCGCCGGCGUGCUCGAUAGUGCAUCUAUCGCCGAGAUUGAUCAAACACAUUUAGCUAAAGUACUGGCGCCGAAGGUACAAGGCUCCCGCAAUUUGGAUGCAGCGACGCGACAGUACGAAGUGGACCGCUUCGUGGUCUUCACGUCGGUCUAUGGCUUGCUCGGCCACGAGCGCCUCGGCGCGUACGCGGCCGCAAACGCCUUCCAGGACGCCUUGUGUGCCCAACGACGUAGUGAAGGACUGCCGGCGUUGAGCAUCGCCUGGGGCACGUGGGCGGGAGCGGGCAUGGCGCAUCGCCUGGGUUCGGAGUUCGCUCAAAUGCAAGAGGCCUCGGGCCUGGGCAUGCUCUCGCUCGAUGAGGGAUUUUCGGCACUUACAGCGUUAGCUACCUCCUCAUUAUCCUCCGCGGCGGUCCUGCCGAUGAACUGGGCGCGCUACGCCGCUUGUCGAUCAGAACCGCACCCGCUCGCCGCUACGAUGUGUACACCCACGGAAACGGCAUCCUCACUGCGGGCGACGCUCGAGUCCUUGGACGAGGGCAACCGCAUCCGUCAAUUGGACGACUUUAUGAAGACGCUCGUGCCGCGCUUCGAGCUAGACGCGGCCGUGACGUCCCUAGGCGUGACGUCGCUGGGAGCGACCGCCUUGGCGGCGUCGCUGAGCGAGGCCCUCUCUCUCAAGUUACCUCCCACACUGGCCUACGAGUGCGUGUCGCUGCGAGGCAUCCGGGACCACGUCCUGUCCAAAUUAUUUCCUGUGGUGGCAAUCGAGCGGGCGUUACCACUUAAAAAACAAACGCUUAGUGAAGCUCUACGGAUCACAUCCAUGUCCCUAAGAACGGCGGCCGGCGACGCCCAAGAGUUGUGGAAGGCUUUACUUGACGGCAGAGAUUGCGUGACAGGCGUCCCGGCGGACCGCCCGCACACGGGGAGGCCAGGAGCCUACCUGAAGGCUUCUACAGUAUCAAUGUUCGAUGCUCAAGCUUUUGGGAUGUCGAGAGCGGAAGCGGCGGCCACGGACCCGCAGCAAAGACUCUUCUUAGCGUGCUGCGCGGAAAGCCUGGAAACGGCGGGCUACCGGGCCACGCCGGCUUUGAACAGUGACAACGGUCUCCAAAUAGGCGUCUUCUGCGCCAUCGAGACGUCGGACUACGCGUACCUGCAACAGCAUAAACCAUCACCUUACACGGGGACGGGCUCUCACACGGCCGUGGCGCCGAAUCGCGUGAGUUACACUUUUGAUUUAAGGGGCCCGUCCGUAGCGCUAAACACGGCCUGCUCCUCGUCCCUGACUUGUUUGUCAGUAGCGAAACGUUCAUUGGAUGGGAACGAAUGUUCUGCAGUACUAGUCGGCGGUGCGAACCUACAGCUGAGACCGCAGUGGUCCGACUGUUUUGCGGCCGCGGGCAUGCUAAGCCCGUCCUACCGAUGCAAAUUUGGUGAUAACGCCGCGGACGGCUACGUCCGAGGCGAGGGUGUUGGUGCUUUUUUACUAGAAAGGGGUACUGAAGGUAUAGUAGGCAUCGGGAUCGGCCAGGACGGUAGAAGCAACGGCCUGACGGCGCCCAAUCCAAAAGCGCAACAGGCCGUAUUAAGGGCGGCCUAUUCUACGUAUGACGGAGCCGUAGCACUGAUCGAAGCCCACGGCACGGGCACGAAACUCGGUGAUCCGAUAGAACUAGGCGCCCUGGGGAAGCACUUCCCUGGUAUGGUACGAACUGGUUCGGUCAAGACGAAUAUCGGUCACCUCGAGGGGUGUUCUGGAUUAGUCGGUCUGGCCAAGGCCUGCCACGCUCUUCGUGAAGGUGUCGUGCCGCGGUCCUUACACUUCAAGACGCCGAACACGGCCGUCGACUGGUCUUCUAUUACUAUUGUUACUAAAAACGAGGACCUCGGCGGAGGCGCGGUCGGGGUGUCGUCGUUCGGCUUUGGCGGGGCUCUCGGGCAUGUCGUGGUCACGGGCCGUAAAGUAACGAGACGGGAGGAGGUCGUCAACAGUGAAGCAUUGGUAGUGCCGCUCGAGGCCCAUUCCUCAGCUUCGUUGCGAGCGACCUGCAAGCGCAUCAAAGUAUGGUCUCAAAAGGAGAAUGUCGAUGACGUGGCGAAGUGUUUAGUGAAGCGCUCUUCUUUGAAUAAACGUAGAUACAGAACUGCGGCCGUCGUACCUGCAAAGGGUGGUCGCGCGGCGCUCGCGGCGGCGCUCGAGACAGUCGCUAUCAAUGAGCAUGAGGGAGACGUCGCAUUAGCUUUUGUGUUCACGGGCCAGGGCGCGGCCUACGCCGGGGCUGUCACGUCGUUGUUGGGAGACGAGGCCUUCCGCGCGGCGUACGAGGACGCGGUCCACGCUUGUAGUACACAUAUGGACGUCUCAAACUUGAACAGAUUGGGGAAAGACGCCGCAGCCGACGAAUUAUUGGACGACGCGAGUCUAGCGCAGCCCUACGGCUUCUGUAUUGCUUAUGCUUUAUCAAAAUCAAUCCUCGCGAAAACAACCACAAAACUUGAGGCUGUCAUAGGCCACUCGCUAGGUGAAAUUGCGGCCUGCUGCGUCGCUGGGGUGUUGUCCUUGCAUGACGCGGCUCGCUUAGUGGUGUUGAGGGGCCGAGCUGUAGCUACGAGAGCAAGUGAAGGUGCGACGGUCGCGGUGAACGCCUCGGCCGAAGCUGUGGAAGCGCUUGUUAAUGUCGAGGUCGCGGCGGACAACUCGAUGCAUGGCUGCGCCAUCGCUGGGGAGGUCGAGGCCGUCGAUGUCGCUAUUGAGGCGUUAACGGAGCAGGGCUUCAAGACGAAGCGGUUGCGAGCGGCCACGGGCUACCACUCGCGCUGCGUCGACGGAUGUUUGCAGGACCUUCCCACCGUGACCUUUCAACCCAGUAAUGUAGCCGUCUACUCGACGGUGACCGGCGCCCGGUUAAGUGACGAAGGCGACGACUAUUGGAAAAGGCAGCUGCGUAGUAAAGUGCGGUUUAGGGAAGCCCUGAACGCCUUACGCGCGUCGUCUUCCAAGCGUCUGAUAAUAGUGGAAGUGGGCUGCGCGCCGCAUCUGAGUCCCCACGUCGACGGUGAGGUCGUUUGCACGCUGCGAGGGCCGAAACGCUUGGGAAGCGAGCCCACGCUCCUCGCGGAGGCCGUAUCAAAAUUAUUCACAAAGGGCGUGGACCUCACUGAAGCCGAAUCCUCUCUGAAAGCGCCUCCCACAGUGUUUGUCGGCGAACGAUGCUGGUUCGAGGAACGACGCGAGGCGACGACUCCACAAAGAAACUUGACGGGACGGACCUUCUCAUCACAAUGGGUGCCCGCUUCGUUAUUACGAGCGACGGCGCUGCAGGUGCUCGUCCUCCGAGACGAAGAGUCUCCACUAUCUGUCGCCAUCCGGGAGAACGUUCGAGAGAGACGCGGGCGCUGCGUCGAACUGCCGCUCCUCGCGGCGGCGGCCACGGCCCAGACCUGGGACUGCGUCGUGUUCUUAGCGCCUACAUGUGUUCAGGAAGUCGCCGUUCCCGAGGAGGAGCGACCGGCCUCAGAAGCGACGCCCCUCAUCCCUUCAUCACAAGAUGCUACGGUCAUGAUCGACGACGCUUGUAGAAGGGCAUCGCGCGUCGCCUCCAUGGCCUCGUCGACGGCCGGUGCCUUGCAGGCCGCGCUCAAGUGCGCGCUCAACCAGCGGGGUCCCCGUCGGUUAGUCGCGUGCACGUCGGAUGCGAGCGAGGCAUCGUCCAUCGCCGCGGGGUGCGUCGAGGGGCUCAUGAGAGCAGCUCGACGUGAAGCGGGCCUCGCGGGCAGUGCUUUGGUCUUAAGGACGCUCGCCGUGGACGACGCGUCUCACGAGGACGUCGCGGAGGAGCUCUUGAGCGAUAGAGAAGAUGACGCCCUUCUCGAGAAGAAUACUAUAAGUGUGAGGAGGUUACAACCAGUGGAUGAAUCCAUGCCGGUGUCGGUGAACGGUCUGACCAUUGCAAUUUCCGGAGGCACGGGAGCGCUCGGCCAGCGUACGGCCAAGCAUUUAUUAAAACGGGGCGCCGCCCGCAUACUCUUGCUGGCUCGAAACACGACAACUGUCGACGGGUGCGAGGUCUACAGAGUCGACGUGUCCUCUCCUGAAAGUGUCUCGAGGUUCGCUGUCGAACAUGGUUCUUCGAUAGACGGUUUGAUACACGCGGCGGGCCUCUGUGGCGACGGUGCGUUACCAUCGCGCGACCUGGAGUCGUUGCGGAAGGCCCUCAAGCCUAAAUUGGAAGGGGCUUUGCUGCUGAGCGCGGCGGUCGACGCCGCGCGCCAAGCCUGUCAUAAGCCCCCGGUUCAGAUGGAUGUGGCCUUCUCAUCCAUAUCUUCGUUACUGGGCAACGCGGGCCAGACGGACUACGCCUGCAGUAAUGGCGGCCUCGACGCGCGGGCACGGUAUUUAUCUACUGUGAAAGGCCGGCGGCCGCGCACGUGCCUCGCCAUAAACUGGGGGCCCUGGCGCUGCGGCAUGGCGUCAUUGGCGAAGCAUCAUGGUAGUGGCACGCCGAACGCGCCCUACGACGCUUUGGCCGAGGAGGACGCUUUGUCAGCGCUGGACGGGGCCCUCAGCAAGUCGGGGAACAUUUGCGUGGCGCGCUUCGAUUGCGAAGCGGUGGCCCUGGCGGCGUCGAGGGAGCCAAUCUUGGGGCGGUUCCUCGGCGUGUCCUCUACGAAGGAGGAGCCCUCGACAGUCGUCGUCGAUCCACUAAAAGCCGUCGCCCGCAUCGUCGCCAAGCACACUACUGUUUCGUCGUUGACCGCAGCGACACCGCUACAAACGUUAGGCUUGGACUCGCUCGACGCCAUGGCCUGCGUGCGGGAGCUCAACGCCGUUACUGGGGCUUGUCUUUCUGUGAUCGACGUCCUCGGGGCCAAAACGCUGGGCGAGGUCGCGUCUUUGGUGCCCACCUCCGUAGAAUCCGACUGCUCUACGGACGUCCUGGACGUGUUGCAGCGGCACUGUGCUUCGACGGUCGAACCCCAGACAAGACUAGCGUCCCUAGGCUUGGACUCGCUGGACGCCAUGGCCGUCGUCAAGGACCUGUCGGACGCGACGGGCAAGGCCUGGUCCGUGUCCGAUGUUUUAGGAGCGGAGACCUUGGGAGACAUCACGCUCAAGGCGGCUUCUAGAAGAGCAAUUUCUGUCGGGAAAGCUAACGAGCCAAAGGCAGAAGAUAAGAUCCCCGUCAAGGACCUCGAGGAACCCUGUCUACUGAGGCGGCUGUGGUUCACUUUAUUGGCUCGCAUCGUCGGAGCCCAGAUCGCUGUUUGCGGAGCCAUGCCGGCGUUCGUGCUUGAAAACUACUUACCUACAAGGUGGCGCCUCGCGCCGAAGAUGUGGGUGUUGGAGGCUCGAGUUGGUGCUAGGGUCGCUUUAUGGGUCGAGGCGCAGCUCCCGAGGCCGUCGCGACCUUAUCCUGGGUUGCCGCGGAACGCGUUUCUUCGCGAUCAAAGGUUGGAGUUCAUUACGACAGGUUUACAUGCCUGGACUCCUUCCUAUGUAUUUAUCGCAAGGUUUACGAUAGAGCUGUGCAUCACCGGCGUGGUCUACUAUGUAUUGUGGUGUCUCGGGUGUCACCUCGCGUGCGCGGUCGGAAAGUGGAUAGUAGUAGGAAGGCAACGGGCGGGUCGGUUCCCGAUCUGGGAGUCGUCGAUUGGUUAUAGGAACGCCCUGUGGCAAAGCGCGGUACCUUUAUCCUUCAGUGCCUUCUGGUGGCAUGCGCCGUGGCUCCCGCCUUGCAUACAAAUCUGGUUUUUACGCGCGAUGGGCUGCUCCGUCGGGUCGAGAUGUUGCCUGCGAGGACCCAUCGCCUGGGACGCCCCACCCGGAGACUUAUUAACGAUCGGCGACGGCGUGGUCAUGUCCCCGAACGCUACAGUAGAUACGACGUCGUUGACCUCGACUACUGUAAUAACGUUGGGCCACGUCCGCAUUGAAAGCAACGUGAAAAUAGGCGACGGUGCCGAGGUGAGGCACGGGGCCCACAUCUCUGAAGAUGCAAAAGUUUGUGCUGGUGCGGGCUGCCAGACUUACGUGGCCCGCUCGGCUACUUUUCCUGAGAAUCGAGUCGCCGUGGACACGGUAGUCCGUUGUACGGACGGGAAGGACGCGUAUCCCCUACCUCUAUUGACAUUCUUGGUGCUGAUGCCGCUGGUCCACUUUAUAUGUGCGCUGCCGGCCGUCAGUUUGUUACUGAGGGCGCCUCUUAUCUUACGACGGCGACCCGUGGUCUUUGGGUUAUCUGUAUUAGGGGCAGCUUUGUUAAGAGGCAUCUUAGAGCCCUGCGCGCUUGGAUUGAUUGUGAGAAUGCUACAAAGAAAACUGGAGAGGGGCAAGACGUAUACGCUGUCGAGGUUCUUCGUCUCGACGCACGAGACGCGCGUCUUCUGGCGCAAAUUGUUCAUCGCGUCCUGCGAAGCGCCGUUCUCCUUUACGCCUUUAUGUAAUGUGGCGUGGCGGUGGGCCGGCGCGACCGUCGGUCAGAAAGGCGUCGUCCUGUCGGAACUGCACGGCGCCGUCGACGCGCCGGAGUUAAUUGAGAUCGGCUCGGAUAGCUACCUCGGGGCGCACGUGACGUUGCGGCCUCUCAAAGUGGAAGGGUCCACCGUUACUGCAGUCGGCGUUACGAUAGGAGACGGCUGCUUCGUCGGGCCCAACACCUUGCUCCAGCCCGGUUCCAUGAUAAAGGGCGCGACGGGCGCGAACAGCAUCAUCAGUUCACAUGAAAUAGUACCCGAUGGCAGGGUCGCCAUCGGCGACGCCCAAAAGCCGUGUACCUUAGCGUGGCGCCCCCAACGAUUGGACGCGUCGACGGAGUGGGGCUGGGCUUUCACGUCAUCAUUGGCCAUGUUCGCCACCGAAAGAUUAGGUCAUGUCGUCGCCGUCCAGGCUCCUAGAAUACUGUUAUGGGUGGCCCUUGGUUUUGUGGGGCGGUACCCGUGGUCGCCACCGCUCCACGAAGUGCGCGUCGCUUCCUUGAUCCACGAGGCCCACACGACGCCAUUGUUACGGGUGUGGCUCACUUUGAGUACGGUCGCGUCGCGGAACGCCGCCCUCGUUUUAUUACUUGUGGCGUGUCUAGUGAUGGCCGACCCCCUCAAGCCCUUGACGCAUGUCGUGUUCAAGUGGUUGGUGGUUGGGAAAGCGACGGAGACCUCGAAAGUGCCGCUACGCUCCGGACAGCAUUUAAGAUGGGCGUGCGUCCAAAAAUUAGCCCGGUGCCCGGCCGUCGACGGGGCGUGGCGCCACGUCUACGAGUACGCUUCGAUCUAUGCGUCGUGUGUAGGGUUCAAGCUCGGAUCAAGAGUGCGGUUCUACCCCUACCCUUCACUUUUAUUAGCAGGGGCGGCGGAGGCCGAUCUGGUCGAAAUUGGCGAUGGCACGGUGACGUCGGCAGCCACGUACGCGCACGACUUCUCCAUGCUGCACCUGGCGAUGAAGCCGACGUCCAUCGGUCGAGGUUGCGACUUGGGACUCUCGCGCCACGGCCAGGUCCUGCCCGGCUCCCAGUUACCGGCCGGGACUGUGAUUCAAGCGCCCGGCCGCGCGACGCACCUCGCCGGGCUCUGCGGCGAGGCGCACCAGGCCUGGGCCGGGAACCCGCUCGUGCGCUGCGCGUUUCCUGAAGCGGAGUACGCGGACGCCUGUUAA